AUGCGGCACAUCAAUGCAGAGUCGGCCCUCCCCCAGGAGCGCAGUGCAGGCACCAGCCGGGAGGAGGAGCAGGAGGAAGAGGAGGAGGCGGAGGAGGAAGGGCCCCUCCCCUGGCGCCGCCACCGUGGGGUCCUGAUGGGCUGCGGACCCCCGGAGCUCGCCUGCCAGAAGGUCUACCAAGUCUCCAUCUUCUCCCCACCGGCUGGCUGCUCCCCCCCUCCGGAACAGAGGGCCCCCGGGAGGCAGCCCGUCAAGCGCCCCUGCCCGGAGCCCCAGCGGGGGCCGGAGGGGGCCGAGUGGGACGCCAAGAGGGGCCGCUGGGAGGAGGGGGACGACGACAUUGAGGAUGGGCUGCUGGUGGACGAGCUCUCCCUGGGGGGCGCCGCCCAGCACUUCUCCCACAGCGGCCUGCGGGUGGUGGAGCACCGCCCCGAGAGCAGCCCCCCCAGGGCACGAGGGGCCACCCCAGUGCAGGCCCCGCACACCCCUUGCGACACUUUGCACACGGCGAAGAGAGGCUGCGCCCCCGCCUCGCCGGACCCUGGCCCUGCCGGGGGGCAGGAGAAGAACGGGGGCCCCAGGGACCAGGGGGCCCCUGGCCCCAACCGCCUCCUGGGCCCUGGCUUGCACAACCUUGCACAUCAGCCCCAGCUGGGGGACGCGCCCCUGGGGGCACCCGGAGGGCACCUAGAGCCUGGCACUCCGCCGGCGGCUCGAGGCUCGGAUGCCAACGGGCUGGGCUCUGCCGAAAAGACUCCACACCCCGGCUGCGGGCUCCUUGGCGGGGGGACCGGCUGCUGCCCGGCGAAGCGGAAGUUGCUGCCCUCCUCGGCGGAGGGGGCGGCUGAGGCGGGGGCCUCCGAGGACGAGGGGCGCCCCCCUGCCCGGAAGAAGAAGAAGAGGGCCCCGCCCUGCCCCCCCGUGCCAGCCUCCUGUCGAAGCACCGACGCCAAGGGCGCCCCUUUCUGGAACCACCUGUUGCCGGUGGCCAAGGUGAGAUUUUGCUUUGCUUUGCUGGGGGGGGGCUGGGGGUGUGUGAGCUCCCCCCUUUGUGGGGGUCGGGGGAGGAAGGUUGCAGCAUUUUGGAAAAGGACCGGUCUUCUGUGAUAUUAUUUAUUCUUUAUUUCAUAUAUUUUAUAUACAGUCGUACCUUGGUUCUCGGACGGUAUCCGUUCCGGAAGUCCGUCCGACUUCCGAAAACGUUUGAAAACCAAGGCACGGCUUCUGAUUGGCUGCAGGAGCUUCCUGCAGCCAAUUGGAAGCCGUGGAAUUCGCGUCAGACGUUCGGGUUCCAAAGAACGUUCGCAAACUGGAACACUCACUUCUGGGUUUGCGGCAUUCGGGACCCAAAACGUUUGAGUCGCAAGGCCUUCGUGAACCAAGAUAUGACUGUAUUUAUUUUAUACGCCACUCGGUCGUAGGAAGAAACCUCAAAGCAGUUUACGGAAAAGGUAGAACAAUGAAAGGAUCGCUUGGGAGAUUCGCAACCAUGAUUUGAAGCAUGCGGAAAGUUAAAUCCAGGAUAGAAUAGAGUAAAAAGAUUGAAACAUACAAAAUGUCACCAAGGAAAUGUUGCAGACAAUAGUUUGUCUCCCAGUGAGGAGGAGAGCCUUGUUUGGUCGCCUCUCAGUCUCUGCAAAGGAUUUUCUCUGGCCCUUGCCUGCUAUUCCUGAGUUGAGAAGACUGGAGCCGUCGGUGGGUACCUAGAAAUAUGAAUGCUGGUCCUGAGGCGUCUUGUAUUUGCAGCCUUUGGUAAAAGUGAGUUUGGCCUUGCCGGCCAAGUCAAUUCAGUGUUUGCCCAGGUGAGGCCAGAGGGAAGGGAGAGAGAACCUUGUUUCACCCCAAAAGCCUAGACCAGCGGCUCUCAACCUGUGGGUCCCCAGAUGUUGUUGGACUACAACUCCCAUCAUCCCUGAGCUCUGGCCUUGCUAGCUAGGGGUGAUGGGAGUUGUAGUUCAACAACAUCUGGGGACCCACAGGUGGAGAAAGGCUGGCCUGGACUAAGACAGCUUCCUUUAACCUGCCAGCCUGUCUUGGGGGCUCCUUCCGUUCUCGAGGGCUUGGGGAGGCCAUUGUUGUGGUUGUGGGGCCCACGCCAAGGAGGGCAGGGUGAUGGGGGUGGGGGAUGCGGUGGCCAAGCUCUGCAAGAGAGGAGACCCCCACACCCAGAUGUGCGGAGGGAGGAAAGGGCCGUCUCAGACGAAGGCUCUCCUCCAUCUCCCUCCACAUCAAGGCUGAGCUCUGAGCCAAGGGGUUGUGCCAGGGGGCGUGAAGCCCUUUGGCACGAGGGAUGCCUUGUGAUGCCUCGGCCCCCGGAGGAGAGCUGCUGGCCCCUGCCCUGUCCCUUUUCCCCUCUCUGUGCCAGGGAGGUCACUGCCUGGUCACUGAGCAUGUGACCCGCCGGCCUCUCUCUGGAAGAGCCCAGCCGCCGGCCGGCUCUGCAGGACGAGGUGGGCAUCCUGCCUCCCACCUGGGUGCUCUCCCUGGCAUCUGCCCACCCCCAGGCUUGGCUCCCCUCUCCUGCCCACAGGUGCCCACCUCCUCCAGGCACACUGGCUCCAGAGGACCCUCUUGUGGGACACUUCUAGUAAGUCACUGCGGGGGCUUCUCCCCCUGAGAGAAGACCAGACAGGAAGGCUGAGCUGUUGCUGCAAGGUUGGGGGAUUGGGACCCUACUGAUGGGGGUCCUUUGGGGCUUGGUGGGCAGGUGUGGGGGUCCCAGGCAGGCAUCUGGAAUAGAGGGUGCAGGUGGCUCGGACCCCUCGCCUCUGGGGCCUGUCCCUGUGGGGGAAUGCGCGUGCGCAUGCAGUUCCUGGGCUGGCUGCCUGCACGGCGGGUCUUGUGGAGCCCAGAUGACGGUCGCUUUGUGGGAACCGCUUUUCGAGAGUUCGGUGCGACCGCAUCUUCCAUGGGGGUUCAGCCCCAAGGCUCCUGGGGAGACGCAAAGACGCGUCUUCUCCAGUUGCCGCAGCGUGAGCAUCUCUAGCCUUCUGGAGACAGUGUUGCACCACGAGUCCAAUGUGCUUAAGACGCCAUUGCUUUGCAGUUCGGACCGCGAGUCUCCUUCGCUGCGUUUGGGGGUCCCGCCUCUAACCUCCCGCUUCCCCCUUUGUCUCUCCUCACCCCCCACCCCAACCCCCCAGGGCUCGGCCACCAGUGGUUCUGCCGGCUGCCAGCUGAAGGCUGGGCUGCGCCUCAAACAGUAAGUGCCCCCCCUGCAUUCCCUUUCGGCCCCUCCCACAGUCAGUGACCCCCCAGGUGACCGCCCAGAGUUGCUGGACUGGUGGGGGGUGGCUCUUGGGCCUUCCCUGCUUGGGUGCCCUGGCUGGCAGCCUUGCCCUCGUGCCCUUGGCUGUCUCCCUGGCAGAGGGAGGGGUCCCCCCCCCAGCUCUCUGGAGAUGCUGCCUGGGAGCUUUGCUCUGGCAGGUCUCCGGGGUGGGCAGGGCGUGGGGGGCCUCUGCUCAAACUGACCCCCUGACCUUCUGCCCCAACAGGAGACAUCUCCGCAGCAGCCUGCCCAGGAGCCCAGCGGGCUGCCGGCCCCCCAGCGCCACCCCCUGGGCCACCACCUCCACCAGCCGCGCCCUGCUGGGGAACUUUGAGGUAACGGCGGCUGGGAGGCUCUGGGUGCGAGGGAGCGCUUCCUCUCGGGCACCCGGGACUGAGGAGGGCGGGGAGGCUCCUCUUCCAUGGGGAGACCGGCUCCGUCUGCCCCGGGGGGUGGGGCUGGAGGGGCAGCGGAUGUUGCCUCCGCCCUUUAUGUGGCCCUGGGAGAGCUGAGUCCUGGGUAAAGGGCACUCUGGACAUGGAAACAGAGACUCAUAGAGUUGGGAAGGACCCAAGGGUCAUGUAGUCCAACCCCCUUCAAUCCAUGAAUCUCAACUGAAGCAUCCAGGACAGAGGGCCAUCCAGGACAUGUCCGCCCCCCCCCCGUGUAAAGAGGUUUGAGCAUGACAUGGCUCCUUUUGCCCACUGUGAUGGCAAAGGGCUCCUAGGCACCCUUUUCUGGCCUCCAGUGUGGAUGCUGUCAAGAGCGGCUGUGCAAUCCAGCCAGGUGGUUGGGGUACCGUUAUUAUUAUUAUUAUUAUUAUUAUUAUUAUUAUUAUUAUGCAAAUGCCUGAGCUGCUCUUGCUGUUUGCACUGGGGAGGGAAGGGUUAAAGAGCCCUUUGCCCGCAUGGCUGAGUUGCAGGAUAAAAGGGGGGUUGGAGAUGAGUUGGGAGGCCCCUUUGUGUGUGGGGAGGGAGCCCAUUCCCUUCCCCUGGCCCAUCCACCCACCCUCUUUCCUCCCUGCGCAGGAGUCCAUCCUGAAGGGGCGCUUCCCGCCGGCCGGCCGGAUUGAGGGCUUCACGGCGGAGAUCGGGGCCAGCGGCUCCUACUGCCCGCAGCAUGCCACCCUCCCUGUGGAAGUCACCUAUUUCGACAUAGCGGAGCACAGCGCCCCCUCGCCCUUCCUGGUAGGCGACCUGGGGUGGGGGGGAGCGGGCUUUGGGAAGGGGGGGCUGGUGGCAUGGCAGGGGCUGACUUCAGUGGACAGACCCACUGGGGCAAUGGGGUGGCAUUGGCCGCCCCAGGUUGGUCAUGAGUGAACUUGGCUGGGAUAAACCCCAUACAUUCUAUUUUUUUGUUAAUUUAAAUUGUUAUUAGAUUUUUUUUUUUUUAUCAUGUUAACAUUUCAAAUCGUCAAAAUAGAAAAAACAAAACACAUUUCCCAAAACAAUCUAAGGAAAAUCCCCACAACACUAAACAGGUUCACACAGACCACGCUUAAAGCAUGGAAGGAAGAAGCAGGCAAACUGUCCCCGUCCCCACUAAUCCCCCUGGCGUACCACCCAUUAUUCCUUCAUGCGGCACAAAACCUCCAGAUAAAAACCUGGCAAGGCAAAGGCUUAUACCGUCUAGCAGACUUCUACAAAAAUAACAAACCCACUUUGACAUAAGAAAUACAAGACAAACUAGGGGCUAACACACCACCGAUUACAUGCCCUCUUAAACAAUCCAGUAGUAAAAUCAGCAGCAACUAGGGCCCUGACAACCUUCGAAAACCUCCUCCUAACAACUAAGGGACACGGCAAAGGGAUCGUAUCCGCACUAUUCAAAAUACUACUCCAAAAUCCCACAAAUUCCCUAGACACAAUCAAAAAACAAUGGGAGGAUGACAUAGGCUAUGAGAUUAACCCCACUCAAUGGACCAGAAUGUGGUCUAACCCCCGCCUUCAAAUUCAUAUCAACAAAAAGGAAAGAACUCACUCUGAAAAUCACCUACAGGUGGUACCUAACACCAAGAAAACUAGCGCUAAUACGCCCAGGAACCUCACCAAAGUGCUGGAAAGGGUGCACUUCCACAGGCACAUACCUCCACAUUUGGUGGGAGUGUCCCAAAAUCCAACUAUUCUGGACAACAGCCAUACAAGAAAUAUGUAAAAUAACUAAGCAAAUAUUAGACACCACCCCAGAAUUGGCCCUACUAAACAUCUUCCAAGACAAUAAUGGCCACUCACAUCACAAAGAACUUAUAACCUACCUACUCUCAGCAGCCAGAAGCAUCAUAACCAGCCACUGGAGAGACCUGUCAGGAGAAAGCAUGGACCAAUGGUACCAAAUAGUAUGGGAAACAGCCUUAUUAGAAAAAUUAACAAAUAAACUGAAACUGACACGGGAACAAACAGAAGAAGAGGCCUUCACCCCGGUAUGGCUCCCCUUUAUCACACACACAGCCCAACAAGACAAUGACAAAAAUCCACCAACAGCAUACAAAUCAAUAUGGCUAACCUGAUCUAAACACACCCACCCACCUCACUCACACAUGAAAACCAAGACCAUCUCAGCCAACCAAAGACAACCACCCACCCCCUGGCCACCCCCAACCUCUCUCACCACCAAGGAAAUACAACAAGCGAAUAGUAAGGAGACCCACACAAGUGAUGCUGACACAAAACCUCACACAUACACUAAGUAGAAUAGAACCAUUGCCACCUGACCCCACCCCAAAUACUAUUCCCCUCUCUCCUCUUCUUCCUAACCUAAUACUAUAUGCAGCAGUAAUGUCUUGCAACAAAUGAAACUGAUCUGUAGAAAACACAACUUGAAUAAAGAGACAACGCACGUGUUUUUGCAAACUAAGAAAUCUUUCAUCUGUCUCUGGAAAGGUCUUAGCUAGUCCAGCGUUUCUCCUGUGGCUCAAGUGGCCACGAAAUGCUCUGCCCUGGCCGCUGCCCAGGGGAACUGCCCUUUCCAUCGCCCACAGCACCCCUCCCAGGGCUUGUGGCUUCCCAGUCUGCAAAGUGAGCGUUAUUCCACUGCCCUAACCCGGGUGCCCCUUCCCUGCCCCUCCCACCGUCCUCUGAACCCCCCUGAGCCCCUAACCUUCUCUCUCUGCUCCAGGGAGUCAUUGAUUUGGAAUCCUUGGGGAAGAAGGGCUACAGCAUCCCCAAAACGGGCACCAUCCAAGUGGUGAGUUGAAGAGGCGGGCAGGUGGGCAGCCUGGCUCCUGAGCCGUGCAUGUGAAGAGAGAGGGGAGCAGGGAGGUGUGGGGGCCGCGCUGGCCUAAGGUUUGGGGGUGGGGAGCCCAGAGACCCCUCGCCCCCCUCCGUGGGGCAGCCGCUCUCCCCCGCCUCCGUGACGGCCUCCCCUCUUGCAGACCUUAUUCAACCCCAACAAGACGGUGGUGAAGAUGUUCCUGGUGACCUACGACUUCCACGACAUGCCUGCCAACCACGUCACCUUCCUGCGCCACCGCAUCUUCCUGGUUCCCGUUGGCGAGGAGGUGGAGCAAGGCCCCAGCCCAGCCCAGAGCGAGGUGCCCAGAAGGGUCCUCUGCUACCUGAUGCACCUGAGGUGAGGAAGAGCUGGCCGUGGGGCUGGCCGCCUGGGGUCCCUGGGCCCUUCCUGGGCCACCCUAGUCCUGUCCUGGCAGGACUAUCUAUUUACACGCCCAACACGAGACCCGCUUAGGGCCCAAGCAUAGAAUCCCAGAAGCGUAGCGUUGAGGGGGACCCCGAGGGUCAUCCAGACCAACCCCCAGCAAUGCAGGAAUCCCAACUGGAAGGUUUAAGGUGAUUUCUGAAAGUCCUACGCAAAAUAUAAUACAAAUGCAGUGUGAGUGUUUUUGGAGUCCUGGCUUUAUCUGGGGCUGCUGCCACCUCCAUAUUUCCAUGGGGCUGUUUCCCCCAGUUGCCUUGGAGGUGGGGAGGCUGCUCCUCACCCCACUCCCGCCACCCCAGGCAUGGCAGUCAAAUGGUGCCUGAUCCUGGCAUUCUCUAGGGCAGGGGUCAGCAUUUUUUUUUAGCCACGGGCUGGUCCACUGUCCCUCAGACCUUGUGGUGGGCUGGAGAACCAGCAUGGGGGGAGCUGGAAGAAGAGGUGAGGGGGGGCAGCUGCUGUGCUUACCUUCCCAGGGGCGCGAUCCGUAGCGCAUUUCAUCUCAGUGGGCUUGAGCGGUUCUUCAGGCGCUGAACAAGCGGCCUUGAAACGAUUGUGGCUUACUUGUGAGUAAGCACAUCUUUAGGGCUCUUAGUGUCCGUGCAUCCAGCGGCAGGGCAGGGUGCAGCUACGCUCCUGGCAGUGCAGGUGGAAGCUGGCAGGGAAGGGAAAGCGGACUUCCAGAGGUGGCAAGGCGGGAGGAGCCAAUCUCUGCCAAUCAAAUGCCGCUGAAGUAAACCAGGCACUGUGUUUGAUUGGCAGAGACGUCCCUGUGCUAUGCCGAGGUAAAUCAGGUGCGGCAAUUGAGUGGCAAAGCCGCCACCGCCUGGCCUCUUCCUCCCCUCACCAUCGCUGGGAAUCUCAGCUUCGCGGCAGGUUCCGGCUUUGGGGCGCGGGCUGGAUUUACGACCCAGGUGGGCCUGAUCCGGCCUGCGGGCCUUAGUUUGCUGACCCCUGCUCUAGGGGAAAAGCUGUCUUGGGCAGUGACAUUUUUGUUCCCCGUUUUCCUUAAAAGAUCACAAGGAAAUGUAUUUCAAAUAGGUAUGGCCGCUUUAAGAAGAGUGACAAGGCUCCUCUAGCCCAGGCUCCUGUUCUCACAGUGGCCCUAAUGGGGAAACGGCAAGCAGGAUUCGAGCACAAGAGAUUUCCAGAAACUGGAAUUCGGAAGCAUCACUGCCUGCAGCCAUCGAGACGAAGUAGCCAUUCCAAUCCUCUUUUAAGGCUAUCCAAGUUGGUGGCCAUCGCUGCUUCCUGUGGGAGGGAGUUCCACAGCUUAACUCUGCACGAAGAAAUUCUUUCUUGAAUCUGGCCUGAAUCUUCCCACAUGUUGCCUCAUUGGAGAUCCUCAUUCUGUCAUGUCUUUUGUGUAGGGAUACUUAAUGUGGGAGCCAAGUGACCUCUCCUCUGCCUCCCAUUUCAGGAGAAGAUGGUUUGCCCCAGCAGGUUGAAGCUUAGCACACCAUCCAGGCUGGGCCCAAGCACCUUUAAGUGCUGGAUCUGGCCCUUCUCCUGCAGACCGCCUUCCCCCGCCGCCCCUUCAAAGCCGGUCCACUCAAGUGGAUCGAAUGCCAUCUUGCUAAAUCAGCUCUGUGGGUUCUCCUCCCCUCCCUGCCAACGUCUUACCCCACUUGGAGCUAUAGUGCCUUUGUUCCUCAAGCUAAGCAGUCUGCCCCCCCCUUCAGAUUCAUAGGGGAGAGGGCUUUGGAUGCCUACAAGCCAGGAUGGCUCUGCUCUGCCUUCACAGCUGGAGGCAGCCGUGCUUCUGAAUCCCAGUUGCUGGAAAUCUCAGGCGGAGAGAGUUGCUCUUGUGCUCAGAUCCUGCUUAUGGGUUUCUCCUUGAGGAAUCUGGUGAUGCUGGACCAGAUGGGCCCCUGGCCUGAUCCAGCUGCAGGCUCUCCUUAUGGUGCUGCAGAUUCCUAACCUCUGAAACGUGCCUCCUCCGCUUCCCAGGUUCCACAGCUCCAAGUCGGGGAAGAUUUACCUGCACGACAACAUCCGCCUGCUCUUUUCCCGUAAGUCAAUUGAGAUUGAUUCGGGGAUCCCCUACGAACUGAAGUCCUUCACCGAACUCCCGCGCAACCCCUGCUACUCCCCCCGAGCCUGA